AUGUCUAACACUCAAUAUAGAGAAACAGCUGAAAUUAGUUCCGAACUUUCUGAAAACGAUAUUAAUAGAUUUAGAAAUGAUUUUGAAUCAGAGACGAGAUCUAAUGCUUCCUCAUUGCCCACAUCUUUUGUAAGAGAUUUUGAAGAACUAAACAUUGAAGACCAGCGUCUUAACCGUUAUGGAGACGAAGUAUCAUCCGAAACUGCAUCUAGAAACGAUAUGACAGUUACCAACACAUCCUUAUCUACCGGUACAGUUACUAAUCAUGCAACUGCAACCGCACCUAGUGAUACAGUUCUUAACAACAACAAUACGCAUGUAUCCACCGGCUCAUCCACGAUCGUACCCUCUGUCACCACUGAUGAUGCCAGAAUUAGAAAGAGGGAGCAAGAGGAAAAGGCAUUCCAUUUGUAA